CAGCCCUAGUGGGACCGAGGCCGCCGCCUACCAGGAAGGUCCUGAAUGUCAGUAACGCGACAGCAUGGCGCAGAGCAGGUUGACCCGUGCGGCUCUGGCGGCGGUUCGGCGGGUGGCCCGGGUCCGGACCCCGGGGCCUUGGGGCAGCGGCACCGCCGGGAAGGAGACUUGGGAGCUGCAGGCUACAGCUUUUCUGGGGCACCAUUGGAGAUGUGUCCCCACCACCCGAUGCCAGUCCUGGCGCCUGUACAGCACGCAGUCAGCGCACACUCAGGAGGGAGAGGCCCUGCAUAGCAUCAUUACCGACUCCGAGAAUGUGGAAGGAUCUUUUUCCAAGUAUGAAUUUCAGGCCGAGACAAAGAAGCUUCUGGAUAUAGUGGCCCGCUCCCUGUACUCUGAGAAGGAGGUAUUCAUUCGAGAGCUGAUAUCAAAUGGGAGCGAUGCCCUUGAGAAGCUUCGUCACAGAAUGCUGAGCAGUACACGGGAGCAGGGUCCUCUGGAGAUUCACCUGCAGACUAACACCGAGAAGGGAACUCUAACCAUUCAGGACACGGGCAUCGGGAUGAGCAGGGACGAACUCGUUCAGAAUCUGGGAACUAUCGCACACUCUGGGUCAAAGGUUUUCCUCGAUACCCUGAGGGACCAGGCGGAAAGCAAGUCUGGCAUCAUCGGCCAGUUCGGGGUCGGCUUCUACUCGGCGUUCAUGGUGGCCGAUAAGGUGGAGGUGUUCACGCGCUCGGCGCAGGAGGACGGCCCUGCGUACAGAUGGACCUCGGACGGCUCUGGGAUGUUUGAGGUGGCGGAAGCCUCGGGGGUGAAACCAGGGACCAAAAUCGUCCUGCACCUGAAGGAUGGCUGCAAGGAAUUUGCGAAUGAAGAUCAGGUUAAAGAGGUGGUGAACAAGUACAGUAACUUUGUCAGCUUUCCGAUCUACCUGAAUGGGCGACGGCUGAACACUCUGCAGGCUCUCUGGAUGAUGGACCCCAAGGAUAUCAGCGAGUGGCAGCAUGAGGAAUUCUACCGCUAUGUUGCAAAGGCAUAUGACAAACCGCGCUACGUUCUGCAUUACCGGACGGACGCCCCCCUCAACAUUCGUAGCAUCUUCUACGUGCCGGACAUGAAGCCGAGCAUGUUUGAUGUGAGCAGGGAGAUGGGCUCCAGUGUGUCACUCUACAGUCGGAAGGUGCUGAUCCAGACCAAAGCCAGCGACAUCCUCCCCAAGUGGCUGCGCUUCCUUCGCGGCGUUGUUGACAGUGAGGACAUCCCCCUGAACCUCAGCAGAGAGCUGCUUCAGGAGAGCUCGCUCAUCAGGAAGCUCCGAGAUGUUCUGCAGCAGCGAAUCAUCAAGUUUUUUCUGGACCAGGGGAAGAAGGAGCCAGAGAAAUUCCUCAAGUUCUACGAGGAUUACGGCUUGUUCAUCCGCGAGGGGAUAGUGACGUCAGCUGAACAGGAUGUGAAGGAGGAUAUCGGAAAACUGCUGCGAUUCGAGUCGUCGGCGCUGCCGGCCGGUCAGGUGACCAGUCUGGCAGAAUACGGCAGUCGGAUGAAGGCGGGCAGCCGGAAUAUUUAUUACCUCUCUGCACCGACGCGGGAGCUCGCCGAACACUCGCCGUACUUCGAGGCUAUGAAGAAGAAGGAAAUGGAGGUCCUGUUCUGCUACGACCAGUUUGACGAGCUGACUCUGCUGCACCUGCGCGAGUUCGACAGGAAGAAGCUGAUCUCAGUGGAGACCGACAUCGUGGUGGAUCACUACAAGGAGGAGAAGUAUGAGGACAGCAAGGCCGCGGCUGAGCGUCUGUCGGACACUGACGUUGAAGGGCUCGUGGCUUGGAUGAAGAAUGGGCUGGGAGAGCGGGUGGCAAACAUCAAGCUAACGCCGCGCCUGGACACACACCCAGCAAUGGUCACCGUGCUGGAGAUGGGGGCCGCUCGUCAUUUCCUGCGCACUCAGCAGCUUGCCAAGUCCAGCGAGGAGCGGGCACAGAUCCUGCAGCCCACCCUGGAGAUCAACGGCAGUCACAUCCUGAUUAAGAAGCUGAACGAACUGCGGGACCGAGACCCUGAGCUGGCACGCCUGCUGCUUGACCAGAUCUACGAUAAUGCUAUGAUCACUGCCGGGCUGAACGACGACCCCCGGCCUAUGAUCACACGGCUCAACGAGUUGCUGAGCAGGGCCCUGGAUCACAGCUAGGGCUGGGGCAGGGAGAGUGCGUGGUGGCAGGGCUUCGAAACGGAGGCCAUCUGCAGAGGAACCAGAGGUGGAGACCGAUCUGGGAGAGAAUCUGCAGAGCAGAAAGGUGGUGAAUUUGGUUCUAGUACUGAGCUUGAAUGGGCUGAAUGGCCUAUUCUGUAACCAUUCUGUGUGUGUGUGCCUGUUUCCAGACAGGAGCAGGAGAAAUCAUGAGAAUGAGAUAUUCAGUGAGAAGGCAUGGUUUAAAAAUAAAUGGUGCUGGCUGGAG